AUGUCUUCUACAAACGCAAAAAGUCUUAAACGUGAACGUACGGCUUCCAUUAACUAUUAUUCCAUACCAUAUACGAUUUUUAUGUAUAAAGAAGAGUUAAGGAAAAAAGAUCAUGAAUUUAUGCGAAUGUCGAAAGUAAAACUAUAUCUCACCGAUAACUUGAUCUCUAAUACCAUACGCAAUAUUGGCCAAUACGAUAUAACCGAGGUAAUGAAUAUCAAUCAGCAAAUGAUGUUUAAAAAACGUCUGCAUACUAAAAUGCACAAGAUACGUAAACUGGAGAAAUUGGGCGUUAAGAAUAUCGAUCCAAAUUAUAUAAGUGAUGAAUUGUAA